AUGUUCAAAGCAAAAGACAUACCUCCAAUCGACCUAAACUCAAGAUUAGUUCAAAUUAAUCCAAACAAAGUUAUUAAAGUAAAAAAAUCGCAACCAUCUUCUCAAAGAUCAAAUUCAAAACCAUUAAUGCCGAGAAUAUAUAAGAAAUCAAAUGAAAAUGAGAACUACUACCAACAAGAAGAACUCAUUGAUGAAAAAUAUCAUCUAAUUAAUGAUAUAAAUAGUCUUAAAAAAGAAGUUGAAGGAUAUAACAAGCAAAUACAGCAAUUCAUUCAAGAUAAUCAAACCCAAAGAAUUAGUUCCUUAUCUAAUACAAGUCAUACAUCGUUGAGUACCCUUAGUGCAUAUAUAUCAUCAUUGCAAGAUGAAUUAACUGUUGCUGAUAAAGAAAGGAAAGUUGCUUGCAAAACAUUUAAUCCUGAAUUUCGUGCUAAACUUCAGGAUGAAAUUUUGUUACAAAGAUCACGCAUUCAGUCAUUACAGGCAUCAAUUAAUAAUACAAAAUCAAAAAUCAUGGAAAUUCAGAAGCAAACUUCGACAGAUCAAAUCAAAGAGGCUAUGCAAGUAGGAGAACAGCAAAGAACAUUAGCUGAAGAAUUGAUGAAUAAAUUAGAAAAAUUAGACCAGAAUGAAGAAUUUUUAAGUGCUGAACUUAAUGACCUUAUCGACAAAUCAUCAAUUUCUGUAUCCUAUAUUACUACUCUUGAAAGGCUCACUAAGAAACUUUCACAUUUAGAAUAUCAAAGGAUUUAUAAGCAGAAAGAAAAAGCUUUAAUGAAGACACACGCUAGUGUCAAAAAUUCAUACACAAAUCCAAGCCCUAUUGUGAUAUCUUCAAAGAAUGAUAAAAAGAUUAAAGUUGAAGAUAAAGACAUCCUCGAAAGCCAAAAAAUCAUUGAAGAACUUAAGAAUUCUUUGCAUGUUAAAUUCGAUGUACCAGAAAACCUUGGAGUUCCACGUCCGUUAGAACUUCAAAAGCCAGACUAUUGCUUUUCAUAUGUUAAGUAUAUGGAAUACCUGUAUAAUGGUCUUGAAGAUGAAUAUGAAUACUAUUAUGAAGAGGAAGAAGAUGCUUUCCAAUGA